AUGGUUAAUAUGCUGCUAAAACGAGUGAUGGUCUCAAUGCAUUACAGAAGCGUCAUCCCAGCAGCGUCAUUUACAGAAGCAAAGAUGCAUGUCUUGCGUCUUCCUGUAACAAUACACAAGUACUCGUUACGCGUUACAACUGCUCGAAACUUUACGAUAUCGUCCGGCUGUAUCUUUGACCUAACGACCAUUCUCAAAGCAAAAGAAACGUCGACUGCUGAUCGUGUGGCGGCCAUCAAUGCAAUUGAUGUGAACUCAUCCCUGGACGAGGCGUCUAAGAAUAAACAUGUACUGGAGAUUAGAAACAGCGACGCGUUGGAUGUUUUGCUGGGCUUCCUUCAAGAUAGCGACACUAUUGCGUCGUCCGAUCUACUGGUGCCGUCUUUUUUGGCACUCAUCCGCUUGUCAUCAAAGUCACUAUUGACUCAAGCGCUCAUUCGACUGAAUGCGAUAAACGUCUUGACACCCUUUCUAAUGCAAACAGACCCUCGACUACAGGCAGCAGCGUGCCUCACAUUGGGCAAUUUGGCACUGGAACCGACUGCUGCGACUGCCGUUUCAUCCACUAAGGUUGUUCGCGCAGUUUUGAGCGUACUAACGAGCCCGCAUGAAGCUAUCAAGCGCUCAGCCUCUUCUUGCAUAGCUACCAUUGCUAGCGGCGCCCAAGGCCGGUACCAGAUCGUUGAGCAAGACGGCGUGCAACGUAUAUGCGAGCUGCUUGAUGACGAGUACAGCGACUCGCUGCGCGGAACAGCGGCCUUUGCACUUGGUAAUAUUGUCUCCGGGUAUGAUAUCGACAUACAGGACUUAAUUUUCGAAAAUGGCGCGUUAUCGACCCUGGUGCUGUUACUGUCACCAGUAUUUGCCGAAGACGUCAACAGUAAUGCUGCCUGGGCCGUGCACCAUAGCGUUCGUCUAAAUACAGCCAGUCAGUCACUCGUGGCUGAAGCUGGUGGACUGGGAAUGCUGGUCCAGCACAUCGACAAUGCGGUGUUGGAGUCGCUUCAGACUAAUGCGCUACUUGCGCUGGAGAGUGUUGUAGUCAACAACGAGAAAAAUUUGGCCUGGUGUCGCUCUAACGGUAUCGUUUUAGUUUUACAGCGCAUUCAAGAAACUGACGGCGACGUGCUUACCGCCAACGCAAAACAAGCUCUAGCUUUGUUGCUCAAACAAUUUAAGUAG